AUGUUUCAAGCUUUUAAGUCAACCACUCCUGCAUAUCAGUCACUACCUAAUCACCUUCCAGCAGAAACAGAGGAGAAGUUUAAAGGUACUUUGGUGCAUGAAGUUCAUCUCAACUGUUUUUACAUUUCACAUGAAGGUUCCAACUAUGGGAGCCCUCGGCCAGCUCAUGCCAACAUGAAUGCCAAUGCCGCGGCAGGGCUUGCUCCUGAGCACAUCCCCACCCCAGGAGCGGCCCUAUCAUGGCAGGCAGCCAUUGAUGCUGCCCGGCAAGCCAAGCUGAUGGGCAGUGCUGGCAAUGCUACCAUCUCCACCGCCAGUUCUACUCAGCGGAAACGGCAGCAGUAUGGGAAGCAGAAGAAACAAGGAAGCACAACAGCCACUCGCCCACCCCGUGCAUUGCUGUGCCUGACCCUGAAAAACCCCAUCCGAAGAGCAUGUAUAAGCAUUGUUGAAUGGAAAUCAUUUGAAAUCAUUAUUUUACUGACAAUUUUUGCCAAUUGUGUGGCCUUAGCGAUCUAUAUUCCCUUCCCAGAAGAUGAUUCCAAUGCCACCAAUUCCAACCUGGAACGAGUGGAAUAUCUCUUUCUCAUCAUUUUUACAGUUGAAGCAUUUUUAAAAGUAAUAGCCUAUGGACUUCUCUUUCACCCCAAUGCUUACCUCCGCAAUGGUUGGAAUUUACUAGAUUUUAUAAUUGUGGUAGUAGGGCUGUUUAGUGCAAUUUUAGAACAAGCAACCAAAGCAGAUGGGGCAAAUGCAUUAGGAGGAAAGGGGGCUGGAUUUGAUGUAAAGGCCCUGAGGGCUUUCCGAGUGCUGCGCCCCUUACGUCUGGUGUCUGGAGUACCAAGUCUACAAGUGGUUUUAAAUUCCAUCAUCAAGGCCAUGGUCCCGCUCCUGCAUAUUGCCCUGCUUGUGCUAUUUGUCAUAAUCAUCUAUGCCAUCAUUGGACUGGAGCUCUUCAUGGGGAAGAUGCACAAGACAUGCUACAACCAAGAGGGUUUAACAGAUGCCCCAGUAGAAGAUGAUCCCUCUCCUUGUGCUCUUGACACGGGACACGGACGGCAGUGCCAGAAUGGUACAAUAUGUAAAGCAGGGUGGGAUGGACCCAAACACGGCAUCACCAACUUCGACAAUUUCGCCUUCGCCAUGUUAACGGUGUUCCAGUGCAUUACAAUGGAGGGCUGGACAGAUGUGCUGUACUGGAUGCAAGACGCAAUGGGCUAUGAGUUACCCUGGGUGUAUUUUGUCAGUCUGGUCAUCUUUGGAUCCUUUUUCGUUCUAAAUCUGGUUCUCGGUGUGUUGAGCGGAGAGUUUUCCAAAGAGAGGGAGAAGGCAAAGGCUCGGGGAGACUUCCAAAAGCUGCGAGAGAAGCAGCAGCUGGAAGAGGACCUCAAGGGCUACCUGGACUGGAUCACUCAAGCUGAAGAUAUUGACCCUGAGAAUGAAGAUGAAGGCAUGGAUGAGGAGAAGCCCAGAAACAUGAGCAUGCCCACAAGUGAGACAGAAUCCGUCAACACUGAAAACGUGGCUGGAGGCGACAUUGAGGGAGAGAACUGUGGGGCGAGACUGGCGCAUCGAAUCUCCAAAUCAAAGUUCAGUCGCUACUGGCGCCGAUGGAACCGGUUCUGCAGAAGGAAGUGCCGGGCAGCAGUCAAAUCCAAUGUUUUCUACUGGCUUGUUAUUUUCCUUGUGUUCCUCAACACCCUUACCAUCGCCUCAGAACACUACAACCAGCCCCACUGGCUCACAGAAGUCCAAGACACUGCCAACAAGGCCCUGCUGGCUCUUUUCACUGCAGAGAUGCUGUUGAAGAUGUACAGCCUUGGCCUCCAGGCCUAUUUUGUGUCUCUGUUCAACCGCUUUGACUGCUUCAUCGUGUGUGGAGGAAUCCUGGAGACCAUACUGGUGGAGACCAAGAUCAUGUCCCCCCUGGGGAUCUCCGUGUUGAGAUGUGUCCGGCUGUUGAGGAUAUUUAAAAUCACAAGGUAUUGGAACUCCUUGAGCAACCUGGUAGCAUCAUUACUGAAUUCGGUGCGAUCAAUUGCUUCACUCUUGCUGCUCCUUUUUCUCUUCAUCAUCAUCUUCUCUCUCCUGGGGAUGCAGCUCUUUGGUGGAAAGUUCAACUUUGAUGAGAUGCAGACCCGGAGGAGUACAUUCGAUAAUUUCCCCCAGUCUCUUCUCACUGUGUUUCAGAUCCUGACCGGGGAGGACUGGAAUUCGGUGAUGUAUGAUGGGAUCAUGGCUUAUGGAGGGCCCUCUUUUCCAGGGAUGUUAGUCUGUAUUUACUUCAUCAUCCUUUUCAUCUGUGGAAACUACAUCUUGCUGAAUGUGUUCUUGGCUAUUGCUGUGGACAAUCUGGCUGAUGCCGAGAGCCUCACAUCUGCCCAGAAAGAAGAGGAAGAGGAAAAAGAAAGGAAGAAACUAGCCAGGACGGCCAGCCCUGAGAAGAAGCAAGAAGUGGAAAAACCAGCUGUGGAGGAGACUAAGGAGGAAAAAAUUGAGCUAAAAUCAAUUACUGCUGAUGGGGAAUCUCCACCCACCACUAAGAUCAACGUGGAUGACCUCCAACCCAAUGAAAAUGAGGAGAAAGGUCCCUAUCCUAACCCAGAAGCUGGAGGAGAAGAAGAGGAGGAGGAGCCUGAGAUGCCUGUGGGUCCACGUCCCCGCCCACUUUCUGAGUUGCACCUCAAAGAGAAGGCAGUACCCAUGCCAGAAGCCAGCGCAUUUUUCAUCUUUGGCCAUAACAACAGGUUCCGUCUUCAGUGCCACCGAAUUGUCAACAACAAUGUCUUUACCAACUUGAUCCUCUUCUUCAUUCUGCUUAGCAGCAUCUCCCUGGCUGCUGAGGACCCGGUCCGACACAACUCCUUUCGGAACCAAAUUCUGUUUUAUUUUGAUAUAGUUUUUACUACCAUUUUCACCAUUGAAAUUGCUCUGAAGAUGACCGCCUAUGGGGCUUUCCUCCACAAGGGCUCUUUCUGCAGGAACUACUUCAACAUCUUGGACCUGCUCGUGGUCAGCGUGUCCCUGAUCUCCUUCGGUAUCCAGUCCAGCGCCAUCAAUGUUGUCAAGAUCUUAAGAGUGCUUAGAGUUCUCAGACCCCUGAGAGCUAUCAACCGAGCCAAGGGACUAAAGCAUGUGGUCCAGUGUGUGUUUGUCGCUAUCCGAACCAUAGGAAACAUUGUGAUUGUCACCACACUUCUGCAGUUCAUGUUUGCCUGCAUUGGGGUACAGCUGUUCAAGGGUAAACUCUACACCUGUACAGACAGUUCCAAACAGACUGAGGCAGAAUGCAAGGGCAACUAUAUCACAUACAAAGAUGGUGAAGUAGAUCAUCCCAUCAUCCAGCCUCGAAGUUGGGAGAAUAGCAAAUUUGACUUUGACAAUGUCUUGACAGCCAUGAUGGCCCUCUUCACUGUCUCCACCUUUGAGGGGUGGCCAGAGCUUCUAUACCGAUCCAUCGACUCACACACUGAAGAUAAGGGACCCAUCUACAACUACCGAGUAGAGAUCUCCAUCUUCUUCAUCAUCUACAUCAUUAUCAUCGCCUUCUUUAUGAUGAAUAUCUUUGUGGGUUUCGUCAUUGUCACCUUCCAGGAGCAGGGAGAACAGGAGUACAAGAACUGUGAACUGGACAAGAACCAGCGGCAGUGUGUUGAGUACGCCCUUAAGGCUCGGCCCUUGAGAAGGUACAUCCCCAAGAACCAACACCAGUACAAAGUGUGGUAUGUGGUUAACUCCACCUAUUUUGAGUACCUGAUGUUCAUCCUCAUCCUUCUCAACACCAUCUGCUUGGCCAUGCAGCACUACGGUCAGAGCUGUCUUUUCAAAAUCGCCAUGAACAUUCUCAACAUGCUCUUCACUGGCCUCUUCACCGUCGAGAUGAUCCUGAAGCUCAUUGCAUUCAAACCCAAGGGUUACUUUAGUGAUCCUUGGAAUGUUUUUGACUUCCUGAUCGUAAUUGGAAGCAUUAUUGACGUCAUUCUCAGUGAGACUAAUCCAGCUGAACAUACCCAAUGCUCUCCCUCUAUGAAUGCAGAGGAGAACUCCCGGAUCUCCAUCACCUUCUUCCGUCUUUUCCGUGUCAUGCGUCUCGUCAAGUUGCUGAGCCGUGGGGAGGGCAUCCGGACCCUGCUUUGGACUUUCAUCAAAUCUUUCCAGGCUCUACCCUAUGUGGCUCUUCUAAUAGUGAUGUUGUUCUUCAUCUACGCUGUCAUUGGAAUGCAGGUAUUUGGCAAAAUUGCCCUGAAUGAUACCACGGAAAUCAAUCGGAACAACAACUUUCAGACUUUCCCUCAAGCUGUGCUGUUACUCUUCAGGGGUCGUAUCAAACACCUGGAUGUGGUGACCUUACUCCGGAGGAUCCAACCCCCGCUUGGGUUUGGAAAGCUAUGUCCUCAUCGAGUAGCAUGCAAACGUCUGGUAUCCAUGAAUAUGCCUCUGAACAGUGAUGGGACUGUUAUGUUCAAUGCCACCUUGUUUGCCCUGGUCAGGACAGCCUUGAGGAUUAAAACAGAAGGAAAUCUGGAACAAGCCAAUGAAGAAUUGAGAGCAAUUAUCAAGAAGAUCUGGAAACGAACAAGCAUGAAGCUACUAGACCAAGUAGUUCCCCCAGCAGGUGAUGAUGAAGUGACUGUUGGGAAGUUUUAUGCUACCUUCCUGAUCCAAGAAUAUUUCCGAAAAUUUAAGAAACGCAAAGAACAAGGGCUAGUGGGCAAGCCCUCCCAAAGGAAUGCACUGUCACUUCAGGCUGGUCUUCGUACACUGCAUGACAUCGGACCAGAGAUUCGACGGGCCAUUUCUGGAGACCUGACAGCUGAGGAGGAGUUGGACAAGGCUAUGAAGGAAGCUGUUUCUGCUGCCUCUGAAGAUGACAUCUUUAGGAGGGCCGGUGGCCUGUUUGGCAAUCAUGUCAGCUACUACCAAAGCGAUGGUCGAAGCUCCUUUCCCCAGACCUUCACCACCCAGCGCCCACUGCAUAUCAACAAGGCGGGUAACAGCCAAGGUGAUACGGAGUCGCCAUCCCAUGAGAAACUGGUGGACUCCACAUUCACUCCCAGCAGCUACUCAUCCUCUGGUUCCAAUGCCAACAUCAACAACGCCAACAACACUGCCCUGGGCCGCUUCCCCUGUCCCACCGGUUACCCCAGUACGGUCAGCACAGUGGAGGGCCAUGGGACCCCCUUAUCCCCUGCCAUCCGGGUGCACGAGACAGCAUGGAAGCUCAGCUCCAGGAGGUACCACUCCCGGGACAGCCGGAUAGCCAUGGUGUGUCCAGAGGAGGCAGCCCCCAACAAGACCUAUGAAGGGAAUGUGAAUGAGGACACAGAAUACUGCAGUGAGCCCAGCCUGAUCUCCACUGAGAUGUUAUCCUAUCAGGAUGAUGAGAACAGACAGCUGACACCACCAGAAGACAAGACCAGGCAGUCUACAAAGAGAGGAUUCCUCCACUCUGCCUCACUAGGUCGGAGAGCCUCCUUCCACUUGGAGUGUCUAAAGAGACAAAAGAACCAAGGAGGAGACAUUUCUCAGAAGACAGUGCUGCCCUUGCAUCUGGUUCAUCACCAGGCAUUGGCAGUGACAGGCCUCAGCCCUCUCCUUCAGAGAAGCCAUUCUCCAAACACCACAUUCCCCAGGCCAAGUGCCACCCCCCCAGCAACUCCUCAUGGCCAAGCCUGGCCCCUGCAGCCCAUUCCUACACUGUGGCUAGAAGGAGCAGAGUCUGUCGAGAAGCUCAACAGCAGCUUCCCAUCAGUCCACUGCAGCUCCUGGUAUGCAGAGAAUGCCAACUGUGGAGGCAGCAGGGGCAGCACCUCCCGGAGAGCCCGGCCAGUCUCCCUCACUGUGCCCAGCCAGGCUGGAGCAACUGGCAGACAAUUCCAUGGCAGUGCUAGCAGUCUAGUUGAAGCGGUCUUGAUUUCGGAAGGACUGGGGCAAUUUGCUCAAGAUCCCAAGUUCAUCGAAGUCACAACCCAAGAACUUGCUGAUGCCUGUGAUAUGACAAUAGAGGAAAUGGAGAAUGCGGCUGACAAUAUCCUCAGUGGUAGCAGCAAGCAGAGCCCCAAUGGCAACCUAUUGCCUUUUGUUAACUGCAGGGACCCGGGGCAGGACCAAGCAGGUGGUGAAGAAGAAGAGGGAAUGCCCAACCCCGAAUGUCAAAAGAGUGAGGAGGAACUCCAGGACAGCAGGGUUUAUAUCAGCAGCCUGUAG